AUGAGGUGUGCUGGGUAUGAUCGUGUAGACAUCAAAGCAGCAAACGAGCGUGGGAUCAAGGUUGUUCGGGUGCCCACGUACUCUCCAGAGUCAGUUGCAGAGCAUGCUGUGUCUUUGGGACUGGCAAUUAACAGGAAGCUCCACCUGGCCUACAAUCGCGUGUGGCAGGGCAACUACACUCUGUCCGGACUGGUGGGAAAUGAAGUGCACGGGAAGACGAUUGGUGUUGUUGGGACAGGAUCCAUUGGGACAUGCGUGUGCUCGAUUAUGAAGGGUUUCGGAUGCAAGGUGCUUGCACACGACCUGAAGCCCAAUUCUCGUUGCAUCGAUAUGGGCGUAGAGUAUGUCUCCCUGGAGGAACUGCUGUCAUCGUCCCAUGUGGUAUCACUGCACUGCCCACUGCUGCCUUCCACCUUCCACAUUAUCAACAGGGAAAGAUUGGCCUUGAUGAAGCCCAAUGCAAUGCUGAUCAACGUCAGCCGUGGGGGCCUGGUGGACACAGAUGCACUCCUGGAAGCUGUGGAGUAUGGUAAAAUCGGGGGGUGCGCCAUGGACGUCUACGAGAAUGAAGGCAACCUCUUCGACACCGACUUCAGCUCCUACACCUCCGAAGAGCGCGUGAGAAACUGGGACCGGCGGUUCGCUAUGCUGAAGUCCUACCCCAACGUCCUGAUCACCCCGCACUCCGCUUUCCUGACUGUCGAGGCGCUCAACAAUAUCGCCAACACCACCCGCGACAACCUGGCUGCGUUUGCAACUGGACAGCCGUUGGAGAACGAAGUCAAGCCGAUGUAG